UCCAUGUCAAAACCGUUAAAACAUUCACAAGCUGUUGUGAACACAUCAGUUGGAUAUUCCCUGACCUAUAGGUUUAAGAAUAUUAGCAAAGAAGUUCCUCACAACCUAUAACUGUCUGGAAGUAAGAACACAAAAAGUCAAAAAAAGGAAAAAAAAAAAAAGAGUCAAUAACUUAACUAAGUUGUCAGUUAUGGUUCCUUGACAGCAAGCAAUUUGCUGUUCAGUUUGGUCCCUCUUCUUAGAGAAUCAUUGGUAUAUUUAGAAUGUUGUAAGAUCAAAACCACCGGCAGCUAUUUUGAGGAAGGCCACAUAUGCUUCCAUGGAAGAUCCUUUACAAUAACUGAAGUGAUACAAAAUUACCAAUUUUCGAAGAUUGCCAUGCAAAAUAUUGAGGCUACCCUUUGUCCAAACUGGCUUUAUGACUGAAUUUCAAUUCUUGCAGAGUGGGGCAGAAUCAGAUCAUUUGUAUAAAUAAGGGUUUUCAUGAAGUAUACAUCUAUGGAGAAGACGGCAAGCAAAAGACAAGGUAGAGUCGGGUGUAAACCUUUGACCACAUUUGUGCAAACAGAUACAAGUAGUUUUCGAGAGGUUGUGCAGAGGUUAACAGGCCCAGCAGAGAGUAAUCCAGCCCAGGAAACAGCAGCUUCAGUGGUUGCUAGAGUAAAGAGAUCCACAUCUAAACUCCAUGAAAGAAGGCACUACUCAAGGCCCAAGCUUGAGAUAGUUAAGCCUCCUCUCAGCUUCAAGCCCUUGACAUCGCCAACCACAUUACGGAUUCCUUCUCUUCUCCCAAGUCCUAUGGGCACUCCUUCGAAAAUUUUCUCUAAACUCUCGAUACAGGAACUGGAGAACAAAGGAGAAUCAGCAAUUUGCGUUAUAAAUAGUGAGGAAGAAGAGAAAGCAAUCAACGAGAGACGAUUUUACUUGCAUCUAUCGCCUCGUUCUAGACUAGGACAUGCAGAACCAGAGCUACUCACUUUAUUUCCAUUGACAUCUCCAAAAACUAUUGAUAAACCUUGACUUUUUAGUUUUACAUUUGCAUCUCUGCCUGCUUGAACUUCAUCCCCUGCGCUGUUAAUGUACAGUAGAUGAUGUCACCAAUCCAUAGAUAAAAAAAUAAAUUCUUUGAAAUAGUAAAU